CUUAUCCAUUCUUACUCACUGAAAGCCGCAAGUACAUGUAAGAAUGCAUCUUCUCCUACUGUCUGAAAAUGAAAAUACGGGAUACAUGCUGUCAAAACUGAUUCGAAUGCAGUUUUGUGUGAGAAAAUGCACUGAGGUGGAUGGCUUCAUUUGGCUGGAAGAGGAAAGCUGGGGAAAAGGUGUCCAAGUCAGCGGUGCAGCAGUUUGAGGCAGAGGCAGAGAAACCUGAGGAUAAAAGGCCGAGACAGGAUGAGGAUGUGGACUGGCUGCAUGCCAUCAAACGACGGCGGGAGAUCCUGCUGGAGGACUGUGCUGCAAAGAGCAAGAGGCUGAAGGAGGAGGGUGCACUGCUGGCCGAGCACGGCAGGCACUGGGAGGCCAUUAAGAAGUGGGACGAGGCCAUUCAGCUGACUCCAGACAAUCCACUACUGUAUGAGAUGAAAUCCCAGGUGCUGACCAUUCUGCAGGAAGUGUUUCCAGCUGUGAAAGCAGCAGAGAUGGCCGUGAAGUUCCGCCCUUUGUGGUGGGAGGGCUGGCAGACUCUGGGCCGAGCACAGCUCAACCUGGGAGAGGUGGAACUGGCCGUCAGGUCCUUCCAGAUUGCAAUCCACCUGUGCCCAUCAGAGCGCACUCUGUGGCAGGAAGACCUGGCCUGGGCCUGGAGGUUACAGAAGCAGAAUUUAGCAACCAAGGAGAAGAUUCGGCAAGAAGAGGAGACCAAAAAACAGAUUCUUAAUGCACCUGAACUCAACCAGGACUAUGACUUUGAGUCUGAUGAAGUGCUAGCCGCCUGCGUGGCCGUCGCUGAGCGGCAGACACGAUAUGAGGAGCUGAAGAGGACCACUGUGGUCGUAGACGCUGAGGGGAAUGUUAAAAAUGUACUGAUUGGUGAGGAGGGAUCAGAGGACACGGCGACACCUUCAAAGGAACAGUUUGUCAAAGCAAGAGGACUUUGAACUGGUCUUAGCAUCAAUUGAUUGUCCUGGAUCCAUUUGUAAAAUAUGAAUAGUAUUAUUUAUGAAACCACAGUGAUUUCAUGUAGCUUCACACACUCAGAGGAAAAGAUGAGAAGGGAUUCUAGUAAAGGUUUAUGUGACAAAUAGAAAUCAGUUGAGUUUUGUUUCUCUAUGUAUUCCAUCCCUUUUGCUGUUAGUUGUUGUAAAUGCACAUGUUCAUCUGUUCUGACUCAUUGGACUGGUUCCAGACAACCAAGAAAACAGCCUGAAAGUCAUACGUCAGUCAGUGAAAGUGUCUUCAUCACUCAGCAUACUCUUAGUCAGGAGGCAUUCAGAUACAAAUACAAAACCUUAACCUGUAACAGCUUCUAGUGGGCACAUUCACAUGAGUGUUUCUUUGGAAUAUAUUUAGAUGGUAGCCAUGUACUCUGUGGUUUUUGACACUUUAAAGCAAACAGAAUCAACAGCUUCUUUAUGCGUGAUUUUAGACUGAGUUACAUUAAAAAAAUGUCAUGGCAAGAAAAAUAAAAAGUCUUUUGGGGAAGUAUGUUUGAGUGGUUGACGUGUGUAAAAUUUCAGUGAAACAUGCUGUUGAAAGAGAGUGCAUGCUCAGCAAUUUGUCAAUGAGUGAAUAAAUGUGAGUCAAAAUUUGAAA